AUGGCACCAAACAGCUACUCCCUAGCAACUCGCCUCCCUCUCCCUCUAGCCACGAACAACAACCUCACCAUCCCAGCCAUCCACCUAGGCGUCUACCUAAUGUCCAGCCGCGAAGCCUCCCGCGCCGUACGAGCCGCCCUCUCCUCCGGCUACCGCGCCAUCGAUUCCGCCCAAAUGUACCGCAACGAACGCGACUGCGGCAAAGCAAUCAGCGACUGGCUCGGCGACAGCUCACUCAACACCGCAGGUCUACGCAGGGAAGACAUCUUCUUCACAUCGAAACUCGCGAGUAAUUCGACCGACUACGAUACGGUGCGAAACUCGAUUCGGCAGAGUAUCAAGACUUGUGGCUUGGGGUAUAUUGAUCUUUUCCUGUUGCAUUCGCCGUAUGGUGGGAAGCAGGCGAGGUUGACGAGUUGGAGGGCGGUGGAGGAUGCCGUUGCGGACGGGGAGAUCAAGAUUGGCGGAGUGAGUAAUUUUGGGGUCAAGCAUCUUGAGGAACUUGUUGCGUCGAAGCCGCGGACUUUGCCGGCUGUGAAUCAGAUUGAGGUGCAUCCGUUUAAUACGAGGACGGGUAUUACGGAGUUUUGUCAGAGUAAGGGGAUCGUUGUUGAGGCGUAUGCGCCGUUGGCGAGGGCGUUGAGGAUGAAACAUCCUGUUAUUGCGGAGCUUUCGAGGAAGUAUUCUUGUACUCCUGCGCAAUUGAUGGUGAGGUGGUCGCUUCAGCAUGGAUUUGUGCCGCUGCCGAAGAGUGUGAGUGAGGAGAGGAUCAGGGCGAAUGGACGAGUUGAGUCCUUCGAGAUUGAAGGUGGUGACAUGCAGAAGAUGGAUGGAUUGGAUGAGUAUCUGGUUACAGAUUGGGAUCCCGUAGAUGCACCAUAG